CAAAUGUGUUUCCUACCCUAACUAGGAAACCCCCAUUUAUAUAUAUAUAUACACUUGUAAUCUCUCUAUUAUUAUCAUUGGGAAAUAUUCUUUCUCCUUCUUGGUAUCAGAGCUUUAAAAAUUUCGGCUCCCUCUCAAACCCUAGUUCUCUCUCUCGGCUUUCUCUCUCGGCAUCCAGCCCUCUCUCUGCCGUAACUCCUUCCCUCUCUCUCGGCAGUCUCUUCUCGCCGACAACCAUGGCCGAAAAAUCCUCCGUCACCUCCGACAAUAACUCCACCACCAAAUCUCCCCAUCUUGCCUUCACUACAAUCUCCAAUAUCAAACUCCACAUCCCCGUUCAACUCAGCAUCUCAGAGCCGAACUACAAAAAAUGGAGUCGGCUCUUUCGUCUUCUUGUUCUUUGUUUCAAUCUUAUGAGAUUUCUUGAUGGCACCACCGUCGCCUCCUCCUCUGACGACGUAGAAUGGUACCAAUUUGAUGCUCUCCUUCAAGGCUGGAUUUUAUCCACAGUUUCAGAUGAAGUCUCAGAUCUCGUCCUUGCCAGCAACCCGUCUGCCCAUGCUUUGUGGAAGGCGAUCUAUAAGUUAUUUCAUGACAACAAACAUGCCCGAGCGAUGCAGUUGGAACUCCGGUUUCGCACAACGAUCAAAGGAAAUUGGUCCAUCAAUGAAUAUUGUCAUCUCCUCGAAAACCUGGCGGACUAUCUCGACGACGUGGAUGCCCCGGUGACUGAACACGCCCUCGUUCUCCAGGUCUUUCAAGGCUUGCCCAAGACAUCCGGUCCCAGGUGCAUUUUUUGCAAUAUCAAAACCCGUUCCCGUCAUUCCUGGAGGUUCGAUCGGCACUUCUUCUGGUGGAACAACAACAAGCCGACACCCUCUCCGGCGCCGGCUCAUCAACCGCACUCAUCAGCACCGGCGCCAGAGGCAGCCAGCUGGCCGGCAGUGGGCAGCAGCGGCAUGCAGGCGGCGGCAGUGGCAUGCAGGGCCCUGGACGGGGCUCCUUUGGUGGUCAAAACUGGGGCGGCAACGGAGGCUAUCGUGGACGUGGCUAUAACUAACAACAACCCAUCGGCCCAAACCCUUGGCAGACAAACUGACGGGAGCCGUGAUUCAUCGAUCCAGUAGUGACAGACAUCUCUAUCCAUUCUCCUCAGCCCGCCCCCUAGCACAAGUCCAUCUCUCCAAAGUUGACCUUCCAACCUGGCAUCGCCGUCUUGGCCACCAAAGUCCCGCUGUGCUCCGUGGCAUCUCCUCCUUUUUAGAUAGAAAUAAUAAAUCCAAACUUGAUUUUCUUUGUCAUGCAUGUCAAUUAGGCAAACAUGUUCGCCUACCUUUCUUUUCUUCAAAUCGUGUAUCUCUGUUUCCUUUUCAAUUAAUGCAUACGGAUUUG